CGGUCCGGACGUACCGCGUCAGCUGUGUCGCGUCAUCCGUCUCGCGCGUGAAAUGACAGUCGCGAGGAUGUGCGCGAAGUGCGCAGCGUGCCAGUGGUGAAGCGCAGUCGAGCGGAUACGCCCGGGGAACGAUGAACGGCGGCCUCGAGGUUCUACGCGGACCCGAGCAACAUCCCGCGAGGUUCGCCGAUUACUUUGUCAUCUGCGGCCUCGACAAGGACUCCGGCCUAGAGCCGGACCGCUACUUCGGGGACUCGCUGCAGUGCACGCCGUUGGACCGUGCUUACAAGAGCAAGGUCCUGGGGCACUACCCCGACUCGGUGCCCUGGAAUCCCUUCGACAAGCAAGCCGUUUGCAUGCUAUGCCUCCCCAGUGGGCUGAGGUUUCGCACGCAGAAGCACUCGGUGGAGCCCACCUUCCAUUCGUUCGUCCUGACGAAGGAGGAUGGCCGCAGGAGCUAUGGGUUCAGCCUGGUCUUCUACGAGGAAUGCCGAGACCGGAAGAUCUGCGCCGCUAUGCAGACUCUGCAAGCGAUGCACAUCACGGAACUCAGUAGUGGACAGAACGGUACACCGCCGGUCCCAAGGCGAGGACAGGACGGGCACAACACGAGGUCGCUGCCGAGGCACUUCAAACUUUCAGCCCACUCUCCUGGUGCCGCCAUGGGCUACUACGACUCCACCAAAGAUAAGCUCUUCGUCACUAAGUCGAUCUCGCUGCUCUGCCAGCAGCCCUACCUACACGCGGCGAGGACGUUCCUCGGGAACCUCUACAAGUGCGUCCCCAGACACCCUGGCCCCGGUCUCAGUCUCGAGUCCUACGUCUACAAUCUGCUGUACAACGUGCCGGUCCCACUUCCUGGGAAGUCCCUUAAGUUCUUCGUACCCAACGACGAGCCGGCGAAGCCUCCCCUGGAGCUGGUGAUCCACCAGCCGGUACCCGCCCAGGAGCUCCCCAUGUUGGACUACUCCUUGAAGGACGUCUUCACCUGGCUAGGCGUCGACUGCGUAAUCCAGCUCUUCACCUGCGUCCUCCUGGAGAACCAGGUCCUCCUCAGGAGCGCCGACUUCCACAAGCUCAUGGUCGUCUCCGAGUGCGUGACCGCCCUGCUCUUCCCGUUUUCCUGGCAGCACGUCUACGUGCCCAUUUUGCCGGCCAGCUUGCACCACUUCCUCGACGCCCCGGUGCCCUUCAUCAUGGGUCUUCAUGCCCAGAGCGAGGGUGGCAUCGUCAAGAUCGCCAGCGAAGCUAAUCUGUGCUACGUGGACAUCGACAAGCAGACGAGCCAAUUGCCAGAAGAGCUGCCUGUUUUCCCACACAAGUUGCAGUUCAUUGCCGAGAUCAGGGCGAUCCUAAACAAGUACAAAGUACCGCACCCGGACAAGACUGAUAACAUGGUGAUAAAUUAUCUCAACGGGGAUAUCAUGACAAGUAGUUUAACUCUACCUGGCUCUGGGUUCCAUUUUCCACGCAGGAAACACUCUUUGCACGAUGUUCUCGACUGGGACAGAGCAGAUCCUGAGCCACAAGCCGAAGCGCUGCAAAGGAUCGCUGACAUUGCCAAGAGAACAGGGAUCAACCUGGACGAUCUCGAUUCCGUGGAAAUCACCUCCAAGAAGAAUCUCACUCCCCAGGAGGAAUAUCGCGACACGCUCGUCUUCAAUAACGCCAUUAAGGAGAUUUUCAUGAAUCGCUUUGUACAGAUAUUCUCAAGCUACGAGCAUUUCGUCAUUCAGCCUAGCCAGGACAAGGACGAGUGGCUGAGCAACAGAGACAGCAUGCACGUCUUCGACAAGGCGACGUUCUUGUCGGAUCAGCCUGCGCAGCAUUUGCCCUUUUUAUCAAGAUUCCUGGAAACGCAGAUGUUCGCAUCGCUAGUGGACAGUAAGGUCAUGUCUACGUGGAGCGACCUGGAUUUUAAUAUCAAGGUCUUCGACAACAGAAUCGCGAAUUUGAAAAAGAAGGUCGGCGAAGGCAUCGUCAGGUCUCCUUGUUACGAAGUUUGUACAAGUAUUUCGGAGACGCAGAAGUUGUUGGAGCACAGGAUGAACAAUGUCGACUUUGAGGCGAGUCCACCGACAGAAAUUCUUCCCCAUCGAGCAGCUUAUUUUCGGAGCUUUCCUCUUCUGGACAGCGUUGCCUUGGGGAAAGAACCCGCACAAAGCAGUAGGAGAGGACAAACACAGUGGAAAUAUAAAAUGAAGCUGGUGGAGGCAAAUGGAAAGGCUCCGACUCCCCAAGAAACUCAAUCCCCUCGACCACAAACCAAGCUUUCGACAGACAUGAGCCCUGCCUUAAUAGCUCAAGCGAACUGGACAUUUGUAGAAAAAUUGCUAAAGGACUGCAAAUCUAAAACUAAAAGGAUGUUAGUGGAAAAGAUGGGCUCGGAGGCAGUGGCUUUGGGCCACGGAGGAGAGUCUCUCUCCGAUGUGGAGGAAAAUACACUGGUUGCCAGUCUUUGUGAUUUAUUGGAGCGUGUUUGGAGCCACGGACUACAGAAUAAACAUGGAAAGAGCGCUCUUUGGUCGCAUUUGGCCAUGUAUCAGGAGCUGGUCGAAUGCAACGACUCAGCUAAGACGAUAGAUCCCAAUUUUUUAUCUCCAGAGAAAAAACCUUCCAAAAAGUUUUUCGGAAUAUCGGAUCGGUUGGUAUCAUCUUUAAAGAACCGAAAUAUAUUUGAGAUAGCUUCCUGUAUUAAGGAAAACUUCAACGAUCUGUCAAAUUUGGCGUUGGAAACAGAAGUCUCUCCGACAAGAGGAAGAGAACGGCACAAAUUCCCAGGAGAAAGAAGAUCCAUCGGCACGGAACAGUUAAAACCUUUGCCCGAGUCAUUAAUCUUCGACAUACGUAAUGUACAGGCGAUGACAGAAAUUAAAACUCACAUCGGUUAUGCCAGAGCAUGGGUGAGACUGGCUUUAGAGAAGAAAUUGUUAUCGAGACAUCUGAAGAUGCUCUUAUCAGAAGCAACAUUGUUAAGGAGCCAGUACAAAAGGUCGGCAUUCCUUCGAUGCGAAGAAGAGAAGGAGCAGUUUUUGUACCACUUAUUGACACUGAACGCGGUUGACUAUUUCUGCUUCACCAACAAUUAUCCGACCACGAAGCUGCCCUACAGGGUCGUCAUAUUCCCCAGCAGGAAAGCAAGUGCAGCCACCACCUCAGCGAACAGUUGGGUCAUUAUCUCCGGCAUGUUGUGCGAGACCAAUCCAGUGCCCAUUCCGAAGGGAGCCUUGGAAUUCGUCUUCCACCACAAAAAUCUGGGAGUGUUGUCCACGUUGCGGAUAGGCCAUGACAACACCGGGCUCUCGCCAAAGUGGAUGGUGGAGCAUAUAGUUGUUCGCAACGAGGUAACCGGUCACACCUUCAAGUUUCCCUGUGGACGAUGGUUAGGAAGAGGAAUCGAUGAUGGUUCUACGGAGAGGCUGUUGGUUGGUGCUUUGGUUCCACGUAGUAUAGACAGCGAAGAACUGGUGGAAUCUUGUUCCACACCUCCGAGAUGUAGAUCUCCAAGCAUACCGAGGAGGCCAACGUUGUCUCAAGUCGAGUUGCAACAUAUGCUCGGAGAAGCUGUAAAUGCGAUUGUGAAGUUCCAUUACAGGAGAGAGCCUCAGGAUGGUUCGUUGACAGUUCUUUUGUGUGGCGAAGGUGGUCUCGUACCAUCUCUCGAACAGACUUUCUUGUAUGGCUUUAAGAACCAAAGGAUAUUUGGAAGGAACUUAUACGUUUGGGACUAUUUCGUCCGAGUGAAGGAGAAUUUUGAGAUCUCGUUAUUGGAGGAGAUGGACGAGUACUCGCAGAAACUCAACAGAGGCAGGAGAGCACAUGCCGAAAGCAAUCAGAGGUUCACAAUACUUCGGUGUUACUGUCACCUGAUCGAUCAGAUCAAUACUUCUAGUCAAACCCUGGGCAAGGACGGAAAGUUUCAGCUCUUCGUCUGCCUAGCAGCUAGGGAACAACUCCUUCAUCUGAUGUUACGACCAAUGAGCGAGGCUCGUUCCACCGUCGACAUGUACGAGGAAGCCUCGUUCCUGAGGAACCCCUCGCUUUUGUCGUUUCUUAUUCACAUUCUGGAGCCACUGAGUGAAUUCCACAUAGUCCUCGAGAAAAGUUUAACGCACGGGAUCUCCAGUAUGUGUUAAUCGUGUGUGUAAAUACAUUCCUAUCGCCUAGAAAUAAUUUUCCUACGAGUUAGCGCGGGAACGGGUGAGCAAGUCUGCGGAUCGUCGGUCAGGAAAUACUCGACGAAGACGAGGUAGAAGAUAGACACAGAGGUGCAAGAUAUUUAGAACAGUGCAAACUGAUAGGUAAUUGCGUUUUGUAAAGAUACUCGUGAGAUAUGUCGUUCCUCGUUUAUCCUAUGUGGACGAUAACGAGUCGAUGCUAGUAGGGAUAAACCGAUCCAAGUGAAUACUCGUAUUUACUCGAUACUUUAAUUUCAAUGCCAAGUGCAUAGAUACCCUUAAAUUAUCGAUAAAAAAGAAAAGGUACCUAAUUGUCAUUUAACCAUCGAUGCCCUAAGAAAUGUCGUGACGUUUUUGUAUACUUUCGAUAUAUAUAUUUUUUUUAUAUACCGAAUAUGUAUCUACGUUUUGGAUUCUAGUAAUACGUAAACGUAUCAAUAGUUUUGUGGUAUCGGUUUGUCCCUAGAUGCAAGUCGACGGGAAUGACGAUACAAAGUUUAUCCGGCCAACCUUGCCCACGGUUGCUAGUUCAGAGCAAAUAAUCUAGAUAGUAAGAAACCACUAAGUGAUAUAUACAGAUCUAUACAUAUUUGUAAGUAAGGAGAAUUGUUAGCAGAUGAAUCGAUCACCAAAGAUAUUAUUACUGUUGUCGCCGCAUCGGGCGCCACCUGCGCGAUGCCGCGGAAUCUCUCGACAUGACAUUAGUCCUUUAACGAUCUACCUUAUAUUACCGUGUGUAUAUAUUAGAUAGGGAAUCGAGCGUAAUACGUAGAUGUCUUACGUACAAUCCUACGCGAUCCUGUACACGUAGUUUCAUUUUACCCGCUUUUUUAUACAUGUACGUAUUGGUCGAGUCAAUUUAUUAAGGGCACUGUAAAGCUGCGUAAGUCAUAUUGAAUUGUAACUCCGUAGAGAAGGAAAUGCCCGUAGGAAUUCCGGAUUUUCUUUAUCUAAGAGAAUCGGAUAAAAUGUAGCUAAAUAUCGGUUGGCAAUUUCAUCCGUUUCCCUCUAACGUAAAAAUUCAAUAUGGCCGACCUGGCUUUAAAGGACCCUUAAGGCGAUGCGAAAAUGGUGUUUAAGAGGCCUGGUGUAUGAAACUUUUCUUAUAAUUCACGUGGUAAUGUCUGAAAUGAUUCGGUACAACUAAUUAAGUGAGAAAAGUUGCAUUAAUGAGACCUCUGACGUCAUUUUCAUAUCCCCUUAUAGGCCGAGGGUGGGAGGCGCUCCGUCGAUGAUUUCUUGAUUUCUUCACCGAUCCGUAAGGUGAUAUACCAUUUAUUUCUUUUUCGGUGAUCUCGUAGGAGCGUCUCUAAACUUCGGCCACGUGUUAUUUAACCGGUAGAAUUGUAAACUGUGUUUCGUGUCUGCCCUACUCGAGGAAGUCGUUCGAUACUCCGUGGAGUUUGCCAAUUUAGGAUUAACACUUUUACCAGAACUCGUUUUAUCGGAAAUGAUUGAAGAUUAGUAUGUAAAAUCAUUCGACUGUGUCGGAACGGAAUAGCGUUUACUCCAGUUUACACGUUUUCUAAACACGCACGUACACACACACACACACUUAGAGCGGAACACGUGACAAUAUGUGAGCAAUUCUCUCCACUGUAAUUUUUAUAUCGCUUGCGUUGGACUUUCGUCAUUUUAGAAACUGCCCUUGGAAUGGCAAUCAUCGUCUCGACACUCUGGCUAGUCAGAUUGUUUUUUGCUAAGAUGUGCAAAAACAAUGAACUUUGGCAAUUAGAUAAAAAUGAUAAGGGGGGUCGAUCGUAAUUCUGGAAUUUAUUGUGAACCAGGCUUCGCGCAGGCAAUGAUUAUUUUUAAUUACCGCCAACCCUAGUUUAAGGUGGAAUUAAUUUUUGCACAUCUUGCCAAAGGCUUAAUUGAUUAUUCCGAGAUGAUUACAGUCUUAAGACUCGUAGGGUAAUUAUUCUUAAAUGCCUUUUAAUCCGGAUUCGCGUCGAGUCUCCUCCGACGUGGAUGCGUCUUAACCGAUAGAUUUGACUGCAGUUUCUUUAUAAUAUUUCUUUUUUCUUUUUAUUCCUAUAUUUAUAAUGACACGACACAUGCACUGUGUAGCUUGAUCCAUAUAUCCUCCUUUUAUUGUUUUAUUUAUUGAUAGCGUAAAUUCGGACCAAAUGAGUAACGCUUUCAUCGAGCCUGUAAUUGCAGUUCUAGCUCCAUGGUGUACACUCAUUGUCGUAUAGCGAAAUUGAUAGGAAAGAAAAGGAAAAAGAAAACGAUGUACCGAGUAAUGCAACAAUUAUCUCGAAAGGAGGAAAAUUGACGGACGUUGGUGUGAGUGUUAAAAAAUUAUUGUCGCCUCGUAGAAGUGAUUGCUCGUUCCAGGAGGCCGAGACCAAUUGCCGGGAUUUUUACGUGUUUUACAUAAAAAGUGGAGGCUUGUUUUUUAA